AUGACGGUGUCAUCCGCUGCCUCUCCGCUCAUUCCACUUCCGCCGAAACCGGAACCGGAAACAGCAACAGACCCAGUUACCAUAAUUACAGGCUACAGCAUUAUCGAGGAGGAGGAGGAGGAGGACGACGAGGACGAGGACAAGGAGGACGAGGAAGUGGGGGACGAGGAGGACGUGGACGAGGACGAGGAGGACGAGGAAGAGGAGGACGAGGACGAAGACGAGGACAAGGAGGACGAGGAGGACGAUGACAAGGAGGACGAUGGCAAGGAGGACGAGGACGAGGAAGUGGGGACGAGGAGGACGUGGACGAGGACGAGGAGGACGAGGAGGGACGAGGGCGAGGACGAGAAGGACCAGGACGAGGACCAGGAAGAGGACGAGGACGAGGACGAGGACGAAGAGGACGAGGAAGAGGAGGACGAGGAAACCCAACAUGAUAUUUUUGUAUUAUAUCAGAAUAUCGUCAUAGAACUAAUCCCCUCGCGCCAGAUCUAA